AUGGCCGCAAACUUCUGGAAAAGCAGCCACGCGUAAGCUCGAACUUUUUUGUAUCAUAAAAUCAAUAGUUUUCAUGCAGACAGCAAUGGAUUUUCGAUAAAACUGAAAUUUGGCGACAGCGAGCCGAAGACAUGAAAGUCUUCAACGAGGAGGAGUACAACAAGUUAAACAUCUUCUGGGCCAACUGUAAAAUGAAAUUGAACGAGUUUUCUCUCGUAAAACAAAUUAUUUUCAGUCAUAACCGCGGUGGCGACCGAAGGAGCCCACAGCCAGGCGAAUGUCGGGUGUAAACUCAGACAACAGGUGAUUGCCACAGCCAUUACCUACUUUAAGCGGUUCUAUUUACGGUAAUUCAUUGAAACUAGCUUUUCAAAAAAAUCUGUUUUUGCAGGCAAUCCUUCCGGGACAUGUGCCCGUACCUCGUCGCCUCCACAUCUCUUUUUCUAGCGUGUAAAGUGGAAGAGCACACGCCUUUGAGCGUUUCUAGUUUUCUGAAAAACACGGCAAUUGUCUGUAAGUCCCAAAAAUAACUGGAAAACCGCAUGAAACAUAGUUUGUAGUGCCAAAACGCUGGGGUUGGACGUUCGACACGACGAGCACGAAAAACGGCGUCGUCUACGAUUCCGAGUUCAUUCUCGUCGAGAUCCUCGAUUGCUGCCUCGUCGUUUAUGGAGUCACGCGGCCGAUGGUCGAGUUGCUGAACGAUUUGAACGGGAAGUGCAAUCUGAAAGAGUUCGAUCAAGUCGAGGCGCAAUGCACAAAAGUGGCAAACGACACAUUACGCUGCGAUGUGGGACUGAUGUUCGCGCCGCACUGCAUCGGACUCUCCGCUAUCAUUGUGGGACUGGAGCUGAUGGGUCGAAUGGACGAAGACGUCGAAAAGUGGCUCGUCGAGUUGGACACGGACUUUGAUAAGGUCUCCGAAUGCACGGAUCUCAUCUACAAAAUGUACACGCUGUGGAAAUCAUUCGACGAAAAGGAAGAGGUCAAGAAGCUCCUGGCCAAGCUUCCGAAGCCAAACAGCCCGUUGCCGCCACCGCAACAGCAACAACAUUAA